AUGGCAGAUCCAAGCAGCUCCCCAACCAAGACCCUCUCGGCCGCUUGUUAUUGUAAAGCUGUGCAGUACAGCGUCGAGAUUCCGACCUCCGACCUCCCUCUUCCCGUGCAUCUCUGUCACUGCAGCAUAUGCCGCUACACCCAUGGAACGCUGUGCAUCUUUCACACGACCCUCCCUCAGGGCGUCUCACUCAAGUUCACGCCACCUUCGUCCCUCCACAAGAUGACUGGGUAUAGCCAUGCCAACGCCCAGGCCGAGCGCUUCUUUUGCAGUACGUGUGGCUGUCAUGUUGGAGAUGUCGGUCCGAUCAGCGCCGAUGCUAGUGCCCCUGGUGCAACUGAAUGGGUUGUGGCCAGCGCGCUGUUCGCAGAGCACGGCGAGGAUGUCUUUCAGAUCAAAACACAUUGCUUUACGGAAGGAUCAACGGGAGGUUCGGGGCUUUUCAGCUUCUUACCCAAGCUCAGCAUCAGGGAUCUCAAGGUCUGGAAUCCAGGUCCCGAUAGCGGUUGGUGGUCGGCCAAGAUCAAGGACCAGCUUCCAAUGCAGGAGUUUGACGAGGCGGGAAAUGAGGCGUUGCGCGCCGAGUGUCACUGUGGUGGUGUCUCGUUCACGAUUCCUCGACCAACGACACCUGCUAUCAGAGAGGAUCCGUACCUGUCCAACUAUAUUUCUCCAAAGGAUAACAACAAGUGGUUGGGUUGCCUCGAUCCUUGUGACGAUUGCCGGCUCCAAUGCGGAACGCUUGUCACUGCGUGGACCUUUGUGCCGCGAGCUCACAUCCAGCCACCCAUGCCACUAAAGCUUGCACCAUACGGGACUAUGAAGACCUUCGCUUCAUCUGAGGGGGUGCUGAGAGGCUUCUGUGGCACUUGCGGCGCGACUGUGGUCUACUCGUGUGAUGAACGCACUCCGACACCCGAGCAGCAGAUCAUCGACGUGUCCGUGGGACUAUUGAGAGCUCCAGAGGGAGUCUUGGCUGAGAAGUGGAUGACCUGGAGAGCGGGAAGGCUUGCAAAUAUUGAGAGUGCGAAAAAGUUCUCGCCUGAGUUCGCCGAAAGUCUUGCUGAGGGAAUGGAGAAAUGGUCCCGUGAGAAGUACGGGAAUGCUCCCAACUUCAACAUAGGCUGA